GCCGGCGCGAGGUGAGCGGCCGCCAUGGCCGGAACCUGGGCCCACGUCAAGCGCCGCUGGACACCGCUGUUCGGCAGGCUGCUGCUGACCGGCGUCGUCGCCGGUCUGCUGGUGGUGGCGCAUCUCUCCCGACACCAGGCGGUCUCCGGAUGGCCUCGGGCUAGUCCGCUGGACCAAACGCCGACGCGCACAGCCGAGCUGCUGGCCGCACUCUACCAAUACCUGGAGACUCCCGAGCCCUGCUGCCGCCGCCUGCAGCGCUUCGGCGGCGCCGCCAACGGUGACGGCGACAAACUGGUGUGCAUGGACGCGGCGCUGCGGCCGCCGCCCGGCCGCUGCCUCGUCUACUCGGUGGGCGUGGCGAAUGACUGGAGCUUCGACCGCGCCAUGGUCGAGCACGGCUGCGAAGUGCACUCGUUCGACCCGACCGUAGGCCGGCCGGACGGGCCGACCGAGUUCGGCGGCCACUUCCACGCGGUCGGCCUGACGGGCGACAACAGCAGCGCCCAGCAGCCGAUGAGGAUGGCCACGCUCGCCCAGCUCCGCGCGCAGCUCGGCCACCAGCGACGCGACAUCGACUACCUCAAGGUCGACAUCGAGGGCAACGAGUGGUCCUGGCUGGACGGCGAGGAGCUGGAGGUUUUCAAGCACGUGCGGCAGCUCGGAAUGGAGGUGCACUUCCUGGACCUCGAACACUCCCCCUCUUCGUACGAGCCAGUGCUGUGGUACUUUGAGACGUUCCAGUUUCUCCGCGAGCAGGGGUUCUGCCUGGUGAGCGCCACGGAAAACGUCGUCGUUCCGAAACGGUUAUCUCUGCCCGGAAUGACCGAGAAGAAGGCCCUUUUGUUUGAAAUGGUGUGGGUGAAAAGCAAAUAAGACUCUGGACUUUUACGUGCCACCACGCUCGAAGGUGCAAAACAGCCAUUAAUGAAUAGCUCAUUCCAAAGCGCAUUCGACUUCGUGAAAGGUAAAAUGUCAUGUAUCGUGUCCCUGUACAUACCUGAUGUGAGCUACAGAUGCUCAAGGAAAAGCCAGUAAGAAUGCUG